AUGACCACUGCCCUUCCAGCUGUGGCCAUCCCAGGCCAGCGCCUGGGCUCAAUUGCCUCUUAUGUCGCAGGCCCUGGUACCCAUGUUCAAAAUGGCAACAUCUACGCUUCAAUCGCAGGCCCGCUUGUCAUGGACCCGGCGAAGCCCAGCUCCAAAACAAAGUCGGUUUUGACUGUCUCGCGAUCCAUCCCCAGGAAUGUCCCGUCCAGCGCAAAUGCCCCAGCAAAAUCAACAAGCACAGGAAAACAGAAACUGAGAUUCAACACGCUUCCUGCUGUGGACUCGGUCGUGUUGGCGCGGGUGACACGCGUCCAAAAGCGACAGGCCACGGUAUCUAUCCUUGUCGUGCUUGACGAAUCUGCCAGCUCUCAGCCUCUCAACCCUUCUCAAACGCCAUCGGAUAAUGACAACAUCGAAGCGAUUCUUUCGUCUGCGGCCAACCCAGAGAACCACAGCAGCUCGGACGAACUUCGCUUCCAGGCUCUGAUUCGGAAGGAGGAUGUGCGCGCCGUUGAGAAAGACCGUGUUGUUAUGGACGAGAUGUUCCGCGUUGGGGAUAUCGUGCGCGGAACGGUCAUCUCUCUCGGUGAUCAAAGCUUCUACUACAUUACGACUGCGCGGAAUGAUCUGGGUGUCGUCAUGGCCCGCAGCGACGCUGGUAAUAUGAUGUUCCCUGUGAGCUGGAAGGAAAUGAGAGAUCCGGUGACUGGAGUUGCGGAACUGAGGAAGGUUGCCCGACCAUUCUGA